AUGAUUCGCCAGGAGUUCAAUAGAGUUGAUCCCAAGCGAAGGGCCAAUCUCAACUACAAAAAGACGCAAUUCGCGACGCCGACUUUCAAGCAGCAGGACUAUCCCCACCGUUUGAACUUCUACGACACACCACCGACUGCAGAGAUCACGCUCGAGCAAUUCGAGCAAUGGGCCAUCGACAGGUUGAAGAUUCUCGCCGAAAUCGAGGCAUGCUCCUAUCGCAACAAGACCGCUGCUGAGACGACGGCGCACAUCACCCCUCUUCUCCAGAAAUUCCUUCCCCUUUCCGCCAAUACAUCAUCUCGAACCGGCGCCACGGAUCCCAGACUCAAGAAUGAAAGACAGAAAGACCAUUACUCGCAUUUCAUUCUCCGCCUGGCCUUCUCGGCUACUGAAGACCUUCGUCGGCGAUUCGCACGAGCAGAGACAAUGCUCUUUAGGUUCCGCUUCCAAGCAGACGACACCCGUGAACGGCGUGCGUUUAUCGAUAGUCUGAACCUCGACUGGGAAUCCGUGAGCGAUGACGAGAGGCGGGAGCUAUCUGAACAUCUGGUCGCCGCGACACCAGGUUUGCGUCGCUCUGACGAGGAAACGUGGUACAAAGUGGACUGGGAGAAGGUGCCGGAGCUGGUUGAGAGACGGUCUGUUUUCCUGUCCAAAGGAAAGGCAUAUGUGCCGGAAAGAGAGCAGCUCAGCAUGAUCAUUGCUGAAUUCACCGCACGCCUUGAGCGUGCCCUGGAGCUCACAAGUAGAGCUUUGCCGCGACUAGAUGAGGACGAUCGCCUCUCUCCCAUUCUUAACCACCUUUCAAAGAAUUUCGGAAGUGCCGAGUCCGUGUAUACGGAAGGCGAAGGAUUCGUGGACGGCGCUCCCAUCACCGCCGCCAGCAUCGAUCACCUUUCCCAACAUUUCCCGCUCUGCAUGCGCAGCCUACACAUGUCACUACGGAAGAAUAAUCAUCUGAAACAUUAUGGUCGACUCCAGUACACUCUAUUCCUCAAGGGAAUCGGUUUAUCCCUCGAAGAAUGUAUCUUGUUCUGGCGGCAGUCAUUCAAGGGCUUCACUGACGACGAAUUCAACUCCCGCUACAAGUACAAUGUCCGCCACGCCUACGGAGAUGUUGGUGGUGAUGUCAACCGAAGGGGUCGCGGUUACCCACCGUACUCGUGUCAGAAGAUUCUCAGUGACUCGAAUCCCGGGGUUGGACAGACGCAUGGUUGUCCGUAUCGCCACUUUUCUGUCGAUAACCUCAUCGGACUCCUUCAGUCCACUGGCGUCCAUGACAAGGACUUGCUGCGCGGAGUACGCGAGGAUGUUGAAAAGACUCGGUAUCACAUUGCCUGCAAUCGGGUUUUCGAGUUCACUCACAAAGCUGAGAUUAAGAAAGCCAAAGAAGACGGCUCGGCGAGCGAGAUCGACCUCGACACCAUUGUCCAUCCGAAUACCUAUUUCAAGCGCAGUUAUCUCUUGAAGCAGGUUGGAAAGGCACAGAAAAAUUCAUGA